UCUUCCCCUAUAAAUACCCCAUAACAACAUAUCAAUUUACCUUCUGUCUUGUCAAAAAUGGCAAAGAAGUACGAUCAGUUUAGAUGUCAACCGAGGCUUCCCAAAUUCGCUAUCCCUAAACGGUAUGAUCUUAAGCUCAAACCAGACCUCUCCGCCUGCAAAUUUUUGGGAGCCGUCGAGAUCUCUCUCGACAUCGUUGCGGACACGAAGUUCAUUGUCCUCAAUGCCGCAGACCUGUUCGUAGAUUGCAAAUCUGUUCGUUUUCAAUCAGCAAACGGCUCAAAGGGAUUUGAGGCUUUGCAAGUCGAAUUAUUGGAAGACGAUGAGAUUUUGGUGUCGGAGUUCGCCGAAAGUUUGCCUCUUGGCCUUGGUGUUUUGUCUAUGAGGUUCGAAGGCACAUUGAACGAUCAAAUGAAAGGGUUUUAUAGAAGUACAUAUGAACAUAAUGGAGAGAAGAAGAACAUGGCUGUAACACAAUUCGAACCAGCUGAUGCCAGACGGUGCUUUCCUUGUUGGGAUGAACCUGCUUGUAAGGCUACUUUCAAGAUUACACUGGAGGUGCCUUCGGAUCUUGUAGCUCUAUCAAACAUGCCAGUUGCUGAAGAACGGGUGGAUGGCAAUAUCAAGACUAUUUGCUACCAGGAAUCACCAAUCAUGUCUACAUAUUUAGUAGCUGCUGUUGUUGGUUUCUUUGAUUAUGUUGAAGACCAUACACCUGAUGGAAUUAAAGUUAGGGUAUAUUGCCAAGUUGGGAAGACAAAUCAAGGGAAGUUUGCAUUAGAUGUUGCUGUUAAGACCCUUGGCCUGUACAAAGAGUACUUUGCAAUGCCUUAUUCACUACCCAAAUUGGACAUGAUUGCAAUCCCUGAUUUUGCUGCUGGGGCCAUGGAGAACUAUGGUUUAGUUACUUACCGAGAAACAGCUCUACUUUAUGAUGACAAGCACUCUGCAGCUGCUAACAAGCAGAGGGUGGCAACUGUUGUAGCUCAUGAACUUGCACAUCAAUGGUUUGGCAAUCUUGUAACAAUGGAGUGGUGGACACAUUUGUGGCUGAACGAGGGAUUUGCUACUUGGGUAAGCUAUUUAGCUGCUGAUGGGUUGUUCCCGGAUUGGAAAAUAUGGACUCAGUUUCUUGAUGAAAGUACUGAAGGUCUUCGACUUGAUGGGCUUUCAGAAUCACACCCUAUUGAGGUGGACAUCAAUCAUGCGUGUGAAAUAGAUGAAAUUUUUGAUGCAAUCAGCUAUAGGAAGGGAGUUUCAGUCAUUCGCAUGCUGCAGAGCUAUCUAGGACCUAAAGUUUUUCAGCAAGCACUUGCUAAAUAUAUAAAAAAACAUGCUUGUUCAAAUGCAAAGACCGAAGACUUGUGGGCUGUCCUUGAGGAAGAGUCCCAUGAGCCUGUGAAUAAACUGAUGAACUCAUGGACAAAGCAGAAAGGAUAUCCAGUUGUCUCUGCUAGAGUGAUAGAUAACAAAUUGGAGUUUGAACAGAGGCAAUUCUUGGCAAGUGGUUGCCAUGGGGAUGGACAAUGGAUUGUGCCAAUAACUUUGUGCUGUGGCUCAUACGAAAAACAGAAGAAUUUCUUACUGGAAACAAGGUCACAAGUUAUUGACACUGCCACGCUAUUUGGUUGCUCAGUUUCCAAUGAUGGACCAUCAAGUUGUUGGAUAAAGAUUAAUGUUAACCAGGCAGGUUUUUACCGUGUUAAGUAUGAUGAGCACUUGUCAGCCAAACUUAGAUAUGCAAUAGAAAGUAAAUGCUUGUCGGCAAUGGAUAGAUAUGGAAUUCUAGAUGAUUCGUUUGCCUUGUCCAUGGCCGGUCAGCUUCCUUUGUCUUCUUUGCUUACCUUGAUGGGUGCUUACAGAGAGGAACCUGAAUAUACAGUGUUGUCAAACUUAAUCAGUAUUAGCUCUAAAGUUGCAAGAGUUGUGGCUGAUGCUGAUGCAACAUUGCUGGAUAACAUUAAGAUAUUUUUCAUAAACCUUUUCCAAUAUUCUGCAGAGAGGAUUGGUUUUGAUCCUAAACAAGGGGAAAGCCACUUGGAUGCCUUGUUGAGAGGGGAACUUUUUGCUACCUUGGCAGUGUUCGGACAUGAUGCGACAUUAAAAGAUGCAAGGAAGCGUUUUCAGGCAUUCUUGGAAGACAGAAACACACAUCUUCUUCCACCUGAUAUACGAAGGGCAGUGUAUGUUGCUGUGAUGAAGGAUGUCACGUCCUCAGACAGAUCUGGUUUUGAUUCACUUUUGAAAGUUUACAGAGAGACUGAUCUAAGUCAGGAAAAGACUCGGAUAUUAGGUGCUCUUGGAUCUUGCAGUGAUCCUGACAUAAUUCUUGAAGUCCUCAACUUUUUGUUGACUCCUGAGGUUCGAAGUCAGGAUGUCGUUUUUGGACUGGCUGUUAGUAGAGAGGGACGUGAAGUGGCUUGGAAAUGGCUGCAGAACAACUGGGAACACAUCUCAAAUACUUGGGGCCGUGGAUUUUUGAUGACACGUUUUGUCAGUGCAAUUGUAUCACCGUUCUCAUCCUACGAGAAGGUGAAGGAAGUGGAUGAGUUUUUUGCAUGCCGUGCUAAGCCUUCUAUUGCAAGGACGUUGAAGCAGAGCAUUGAGCGGGUUCAGAUCAACGCAAAGUGGGUUGAAAGCAUUCGAGGCGAGAAGAGCCUUGCACACUGUGUUGAAGAACUUGCAUACAGGAAAUACUAAUACUAGUUACGGAUUGUUUCUUUUCUUUUUCAGGUAUUCUAUUUGCUUUCAACAAUGUUCUGUUUUCCUUUGUUUAUUUUCAUAUAUAAACAAACAACUACUAUUCUCACAACUUUAUAAAAGAGCCCUCUCAUUAGAGAACAGCUUCUAUCU